CAUUCUCAAAUAUCCAUUAUCCACUGAUCUAACCAGUUGCCAGUAAAUAACAAACAGGGCAAGGCUUUUCUUCGUCAGAAGCAUCAAAACCAACAAAAAGCAAACUACUUUAGUUUUAGCCAAGGCAGACAAAACCUUUAUUUCUGAUUUAUGUCUCUGUAUCUAAUUUGGGUCUUAAAGAAAUAUUGACUCUUUGAGUUGCCCUUUGUCUUCUCUACAAAAAGAACCAUAUGGCUAUCCCUGGUGAUAGUGAGCAUCAAUGGAUAGAGAGGGUAAAAUCAGAGGGAGCUGUUCCACUACUUGAUCCAUAUAAUUGUUCAAAUUGCUGGGCGUCUCCACCUGGAGAAUGUUUCAUGGUAAGAGGUCCAAAGUAUUUGACAACUAAGGUUAAAAUCCCUGGUGGUGAAUCUCUUUUAAAGCCUCUUGGAUUUGACUGGAUCAAAGGUUCUACAAAGAUUACAGAGGUUCUAAAGAAUCGUAAAAGCCGUGUAAGGAAGGUUAUUGAUGAAGCUUUUCCAAAUGGUGAUAAGCCUUUUGUUUGGGCGUUUAAUCUACAAGUUCCCGGUAAGGAAAACUAUAGUGCUGUUGCUUAUUUCGUAGGCACAGAACCAAUUCCAGAGGGAUCUUUAAUGGACCAGUUCUUGAAAGGUGAUGACGGGUUUAGAAACUCAAGGCUUAAACUGAUUGCCAACAUUGUCAAAGGCCCCUGGAUAGUAAGAAAGGCAGUUGGAGAGCAGGCUGUGUGCAUAAUUGGGCGUACCCUUUCCUGCAAGUAUUGUUUCGAUGAACAUUUUUUGGAAGUUGAUGUGGAUAUUGGAUCUUCAAUGGUUGCAAGUGCAAUAGUUCAUUUGGCAUUUGGUUACAUCUCAAUGUUGACUGUUGACCUAGCUUUUGUCAUUGAGGGUCAAAGCGAGUCAGAGCUUCCAGAACGACUCUUAGGUGCCUUGAGAUUUUCUGACUUAAAUCCUGCUUGUGCUUCCUUAUAUGAGCCGUCACCUCUUGGAAGCACUGAUAAUUUGCAGUCUUCAUUGCCGACACGCUUAUGGAAGUCAAUUGGCCAAGGAUUUUCUCAACUCCUUCAUCCCGUACCAGGUGCUCAAGAAAAUGGUUCUACCUCUGACACAGCCCCUGUUAAUGGAACUUCUGAGCUAAAAGAGGGCUGUGAAGACUCAAAGAAAUGAUGAAUCAGAUACUCCUCAUGGACAGUGUAUAAGCAGCUGUUGGAGUAGCUUAAUAAUCUAGAUGUCACAGAAUGAUUGAAGUGGUAACAAGUAUCAAAUGUUCACUGCAUUCAACUGCUCGAUUACUAGCCGUGCCAUUUAAUUCUUUUGAUUUGUUGUAGUUAUGAGUAGACGUGCCAUUUAAUUCUUUUGAUUUGAUGUAGUUAUGAGUAGACUGUUGGGGCAGUCAGUGAAUCAUAUUAUUUAUUUGCAGAAUAUUAAAUUUGUUGAUAGCUGAUUCUGUUA